GUUGGCGCAGUCGCUCGCCGCGUUUUAUGCAACCAGUCUUGCUUCGGAGCGAGUGAAACUACUGCUCCAGCCUUUGACAGACGAGGAAAGUGUGUGUAGUGACAUCAGUGUCUGUCUGGCCGCUUCUCACUGAUCGGUCUUGUUAAUUGUACGACCGACUGCUCCGUAGAAGCAACCGAUUCGGCCAGAUCCGGUUUUCUUCGUGCUUGAGUCAGGAUACGACCGUGUAAUCGUCUGUAUUACGUAUUGUCGUUAGUUGUGUAUACUGUCUUUGCCGGCGAUAGUAAAGUAAGGCUUAAAGGCGGUGUCGAUUGUGUCUUGGGCACCCUUGCCAUCGUGAAAAAUAUUACAUACGGUUUAAUAAUAUAACUCAGCUAUACGGUUGCAGACUCGCGUGUACUGAUCGGAGUGCCAGUGCAACGAUAAUCGGGCGUGCUAUACGGGUGUAUUAUCCAUGGUUGUGUACAUAUAUAUGUGUGUAUGUGCGUAACGUGCGCGUAGAGGAAAACGAAUACGUUGCUGUCGGUGGAAGAGAGAGAUAGGAGUGAAGAGGGUGGGAGAACGAAGGCGGCCGUGAAUCCACGAUACGCGGCUACGUUCACGCCGCCGCGUAUUCCACACGGCACGACACGAAACACAACAGCUCCGUCGGCUUAGGCUACGAGAGGAGAAAGACGUAUAUCUGCACACCUUACGAAUUAUUACGAAUUCGCAUAGCUUUGACGCGCCUUUUGGCGCGUAUAUCAUCCUCGUUCGGUCGACUUCUUCGACCUCCUCGUCGCUAUUAUGGCGGACGACGAGGUUCUCUUCGACGAGGUUUACGAGCUCUGCGAGAUUAUCGGCAAGGGACCAUUCAGCGUUGUAAGGAAAUGCAUUCACAGGCAGACAGGACAGACAUUCGCGGUAAAAAUCGUGGACGUGGCAAAAUUCACAUCCAGCCCCGGUCUAAGCACGAACGAUUUGAAACGAGAGGCCACGAUAUGCCACAUGUUAAAACAUCCCCAUAUAGUAGAGUUAUUAGAAACAUACAGCUCGGAGGGUAUGCUCUAUAUGGUGUUCGAAUAUAUGGAUGGCUCUGAUUUAUGCUUCGAGGUCGUCCGGAGAGCAACUGCUGGAUUCGUGUACAGUGAAGCUGUGGCCAGCCAUUACAUGCGACAGAUCCUGGAGGCGUUGCGCUACUGCCACGAGAACGACAUAAUUCAUCGUGAUCUAAAGCCCCAGUGCGCCCUCUUAGCGGGCAAGGAAAAUUCCGCACCGGUAAAGCUACGCGGUUUCAGCGUCGCCGUGCAACUCCAGUCGUCCCAGGCGAACGGCGUCGGGCUGACGUCUCCGAGCUGCAAUUUCCCUUUCGAGGACCUGACCGACGCCGAGGAUUCGCUAGUGAGCGAUACGGAGGAGAAUAUCGGUCGUGUUGGGUGUCCACACUUCAUGGCGCCGGAAGUGAUCCAACGGAGACAGUACGGGAAGCCUGGUGACGUCUGGUCAGCCGGAGUACUACUUCAUGUCCUAUUAACUGGUACACUUCCAUUCGUCGGCUCUCGAGAUAGACUGCGAGAAGCAAUUUGCAGAGGACGAGUACAGAUGGAGACACCAUUGUGGGACAAUAUUAGUGAACCGGCCAAGGAUCUCAUACAAAGAAUGCUCACAACGGAUGUAAAUCAUAGGAUUACCAUACAAGAAGUGCUGAAUCACAAGUGGCUUAGAGAUCGUGAUAAGGGUGUGGCCAGAAUACAUUUAGCUGAAACUAUAGAAGAGCUUAAGAAAUUUAAUGCUAGACGAAAAUUGAAAGAUGCUGUGAAAGCGGCGAUUUCGUCUUCCAAAUGGCACAUCCCGUAUUCGGAAAUUAACGGUGACAGCUUUUUCGAUAUAGGAGAUGAUGAAGUCAUAACCACAGGUGCUCUAGCUGAAAUUAUAGACUCUCUCGAUGAUAUUGAAGUACUUCAAGAGAGUGGAAGACUGACGCGUGCCGAGAUACUUAAUGCAGUUGAUGAUUAUCGUCUUCGAGCUAUUUUAGAGCUUUACGAUAGGAUUUCGACUCGAGUUCCAACGCCAUGUCGAGCGCCACAGACAGACGCUGUUCAGCGUGCGCGAGAGGUCGAAGAACUUCUUCGAGAAAUAGAGCAUUCAGCGAUACGAAACAUCGAUAGGGCGGAUCUUCGGGAACUCCAUGAACUUUUGGUCCAGCCACACAUGAGGGCGCUUUUGCAAGCACAUGACGUAGCGGGACAUGAAGUUUAUGGCGAAGAAGCCACCAGAGUUACGCCACCUCCUCUUCUCCCCUAUCUGAACGGAGGCGACGAUCUCGAGGGACAAAACGGUGAUUUGGACCUCGAAAAUGUAACGCGCGUCAGGCUGGUCCAAUUCCAAAAGAAUACGGAUGAGCCAAUGGGAAUCACUUUAAAAAUGAACGAAGAUGGAAAAUGUGUGGUAGCACGAAUUAUGCACGGUGGUAUGAUACACAGACAAGCGACCCUUCACGUGGGUGACGAGAUUAGAGAAAUUAAUGGGAUACCGGUGGCCAAUCAAUCUGUCAAUGCCUUGCAAAAGAUACUCCGGGAAGCACGAGGUUCGGUGACGUUCAAAAUCGUGCCAUCGUACAGGAGCGCGCCACCCCCCUGUGAGGUACAAUUGUUCAGGAUUAAGCCUCUGCCAGUGUUAAUAUUCGUUCGAGCACAAUUUGAUUAUGAUCCGUUGGAGGACGAGCUGAUACCGUGCGCUCAAGCCGGGAUCGCGUUCAAAACCGGCGACAUCCUGCAGAUCAUCAGCAAGGACGAUCAUUAUUGGUGGCAAGCGCAGAAGGAUAACGCGGCCGGUUCCGCGGGGUUGAUACCUUCGCCUGAACUUCAGGAACGACGUAUCGCUUACAUGGCAAUGGAAAAGAACAAGCAAGAACAAGAUGCUGAAGGAGAAGGAGGAUGUUCUUCUCACACCGAAGGCUGCGACGGUUCGACAGUGAAUUGCUCAAUAUUUGGCCGGAAAAAGAAACAGUACAAGGAUAAGUAUCUCGCAAAACACAACGCAGUAUUUGACCAGCUGGAUCUGGUCACCUACGAAGAAGUCGUUAAGCUUCCCUAUCCUGCAUUCCAACGGAAAACAUUAGUAUUACUGGGAGCACAUGGUGUUGGUCGUCGUCAGAUAAAAAAUACCAUUAUCGCAAAGCAUCCUGAUAAAUAUGCCUAUCCUAUUCCACAUACAACGAGGCCUCCACGGAACGACGAAGAGAAUGGUCGCAAUUAUUACUUUAUAUCGCACGAUGAAAUGAUGAACGAUAUCCAUUCCAAUGAAUACCUCGAAUAUGGUACGCACGAGAACGCAAUGUACGGAACGAAGCUCGAGACGAUCCGGAAAAUUCACGAAGAAGGGAAGGUGGCGAUAUUGGACGUCGAGCCCCAAGCCUUGAAAGUGUUACGUACAGCAGAGUUCGCGCCUUAUGUAGUUUUCAUCGCUGCUCCAGUGUUCGAAAAUAUCACCGAUUGCGACGGAAGCCUGGCAAGACUGGCGAAAGAGUCUGACUCGCUGAAGCAAGCGUACGGCCACUUUUUCGACCUGACCAUCGUGAACAACGAGAUAGACGAGACGAUCGCGCAGCUGGAGGCGGCCAUCGAACGGGUACACACGACACCCCAAUGGGUACCCGUGUCCUGGGUCUACUGACAGCGAACCUCGCCAAUUCGGCAGAUCACUAACUGCAAUGGCUCGUCGAACGUGAAACAGUGAUCAUCGAAUCGCGAUCCACCGAACGACCGGUCCGUUUGCGAUCGUUUUAAUGCGGAAACGAUAAUCUUCACGACGUCGUGCGCCUUUAACAAUUCACGGUGUUCGUGGGGGAUUAGUAUCGUGGCUGUUUCGAGGCGGGCAGCCGCGUAUAAACACGUCGGACCAAUCGAACGAACGAAUUUACCGUCAAUUCUUCGAUCGAUCAACAGCACGAUAUCGACUGGAACGCGUGACUUUGGCCGUGUGUUCAUCGACUUUUUUCAUUACUAUUCAAUUAUUCUAAUUAUUAUUCGAUCGUCGUUAUUGUUAUCAAGCGGAGAGUGGCGAAGAGACGAAACUGUUAAUACCACCGAGGCGUAUAAAUACGACAAUCAAAAAAAAAAAAAAGGGAAAAAAAAUAAUAAAAGGAAGAAAGGCAGAGAGAGAACAGGCAUUUCGAUUUAAUUAAUAAGCUCCAUAGGACUGUAACGUUGCUGCUUCCUCGAGCAUAAAUAAAUAUAAGCAAUACGAUUUCCACGUGUAAUCUAUCGUCUCGGUUAAAUACGUUCAACGAGUUGUAAAUUAAAAUUAAAAAACCGAGUUCAUUUCCCCGCGAAUUAUACUUAUACACUCUCGAUCGCGCAGUUUUCUCUCUCACCCUCUUCGCGCGUUCUUCCGCUUCUCUAUUUCAUUUUCCUCUCCAUUCCGUACUUGUCUCUCUUUUUCUCUCUCUAUCUCUCUUUCUCUCUCUCUUUUUCUCUCUCCCUCUCUCUCUCUCUCUCUCUCUCCAUUCCGUAAUCUUGUUUCUUGCAUUUUUCCUCCAAUACAUUCCUCGCGCCACGUUUUUUAGCGCGCGUACACGAAUUUAUCGCUAGUUUCGUCAGUCUGUACGGUCUGUACGCAAGCGAUAAGAAUGGUAAACGAUAUGGAAAAAAGAAAAAAAGAAAAAAAGGAAAAUAAAGGAUGAAUCGAAAAGCAGCAACACUUCACAGUUUGCUUUUUUUCGAGGAUCAAACUGUCGAUAAGGAUCAUGAUGAGGAACGGUCGUUCGAAUGUUGACCGAGUGGACACGCUUGUACCGUUCUUGAAAAAAAAAAAGAAAAAAAAAGGGAAAAAAGAAAAAAAACGAUAAAAAUCUAUCGAUCGACUAUCCGUAACCUAAUAAUUGCCCCCUAUCGUAUUCUCUUAUAACUAUUUACACGAAAUGAAAAGAAAAAAAAGAAAAAAAAAAAAGGAAAACACUAGGACCGCGCUGUUCGAUAGUCCGCCGUCUCCGUAUCCCACCGUAAAUAGUCAAUCUUUGUUCGAGUUGAAGGAAAUAUACGGACUAUCGUAACGGCUAGUCGUUUACCUGUAACUUUUAAGCAGUAGAGAGACUUCGCCGAUUUCGUCUAGUACUUCCAACAUCUAAGGGAAGGUUCAUCUAUGGAUCGUGAGACUCGAGAUGAACCUUCGUACGUAACAUGUAUAUGCGCGAGCGCUGUUCUUCCUUAAUCAUAUUUUCUUUUACUUUUCUCUUCUCUCUCUCCUUCUCUUUCCCCUCUUUCUAUCUCUUUCUCUCUCUCUCUCUCUUUCUCGACUCGAGGAUUUUCGGUUUUCUCCAGAAACUUUCCCGUGUUGCUGUUUUUAUUUCUUUCUCUCGCCGAAUCUAGGACGUCGAAUCUCGUGCGAUCUCGUCGUUGUAUCGUUUCUCAUUCUCCGUUCUCGAGCGAAAUCAAAGAGCAUCGACUUGAAUAUCGUAUAAUAAUAACAAUGAAUCUCGUUGUUGCUUUUUGACUCGGGAGUUUCGGCGCGACGAACGAGCACGUCUUAGACACGGCGUUAGAUCCAGGAAAAAUCAAAGGAAAAAAAGAAAAAACGUGAUGAUUUUUACGUUCGACACAAACGACAAAACACAUGUACACACAUCAAACUGUAAUAUCACUCGGUUCGCAUUGCACCCUCGUACAAAGCGCAUAAUCGAAUGACGAAGUAAGAGAAACGCGGUUUACUAUACGAUAUUUAUAACACGUAAACUCAAGUAAAUAGAUAGUCUACCAAAUCUAUAUGAAAUAAUAACUAAACACCGUCUCGCAUUAAAGGGAAAUAAUUUAAAAAAAAGUAAAGAUAAAAAUAAAGUUACAAAAGUCUAAUACACGUACACACACACAGACACACACGUAUACAUACAGUGACAAAACAUGAAUACACGCGUAGACGCUUACAUGAAAACAUAACGCAAAUACACGCAACAUAUAAUAUACAUAUAUAUAUAUAUAUAUUUACAUAUAUAUAAAUUAUACAAAAGUUACACUUUACAACGUAUGGACGAACAUUAAUAUACAUACACGGACAAGUAACGCGGAUUCACGAGAAACAGAUUUAACGACUAGAUAAUUAAUUACAAGCGAAUUAAAUAAAUUAAUUGUGUAACUAAUUAAUACUAAAUUACUAGAAGACUAAUAGGAGAAAUUUGCAAAUAUGCAGCCCGUAGAGCGAAGAAGGAGUGAAUGCGUGUACGUACGGGUAUGGUGUGAAUCUCUAAUUGCAUUUCGGCGAUCUGCGUUUUGAUCGACCCUUCACGCGGCUUUGUUCAGAACUUGUUCAAUUACAGCUCAACUACUUAUAUUUGAGGAGAAAAAAAUAAAUGAAAAAUAAAAAAAUUAAAAAAGGACCUCGAGAGGAACAUACGCACACACGUACACAUGGCACAUACGUACAUGCAUACCGACAUACGUAAACACGUGCAUACAUUACAAUUUGCAAACACGCGUACACAUAUAGGUUUUACUACGUUCUUCCUACUAUUCGACACACGAUAUUAGUCAUCGAGCGUGUAAUUAUCCUUUAAUAAAUACGCGAAUACUUCGAUGGUGAAGUUAAAUACAAAUGAAAAUAAAAAAGGAAAUAAAAAGAAUCAACAAAUAAAGAGGAAUCGAGGAGAUGCCAUCGAGCGCGUUAUAUAUUAUACUUGGCGAGGAACGGCUGCGAGAACGUCGACGAGCAGCAGGCCCACCACAAAUACGAAGACAAGUCUGAAGUCAUUUAAAAAAAAGGGGGGAAGGGGGGGAGGAAGGAAGGAAAAAAAAAAUGAAAAAGAACGUCGCGUGAAACUACGUGAAGGAAAGCUCGUGUCGGUAUGAUCGUUUUGUGUGAGUGAGAAAACUUAUCGAGACGCAAGAAGAACGAAUCUUCAGUGAUUUUGUAAUAUUUCUUAUAAGUUGUAGCUGCCAUAUCCAAUAAAAUUAAGUACUAGGUGCGCUGGGUGAUUAUCUGACGACGACUGUUGACGAUAACGAUUCUAAUGGUGAUGAUGGUGGUGUUGAUGAUGACAUAUAAUGAUGAUGAUGAUGAUGAUGAUGAUGAUGAUGAUGAUAAUGAUCAAAAUGAUCCUACGUGCUCCUGCAAGUGUGUGUCCGCGACUUUGGAUGAAUUACGCUAAGAUGUUGAAAGACGACGGGUCUAAAGAAAACAAUAACAAGUUCAUUACAAUUAUGUAAUUAUAAGUAAGAGAAAGAGACGAAGAGUAUUAUAACACGUUGUUAAUUGAAUUAAUAAAACUAGCCCAAAGUGUCUAA